AAGCUGGAAGCUGCGACACUCCCUGCCCUGUUUCUGCACCAGAAAACGUGAAAGAUUCAUCCUCCCAUCCUCUAUCCAAGAUUCUAACCCCCUCCCUCUCUCUCUCUCUCUCUCUCGGCCACGCAUCUCAGCCCCUCCGAUCUCCUCCGGCUGCGGUGAAUAUCUAAUCUCUCUCCCUCUCUCUCGCCCAGGUUCCUGCGUCCUCUUUCCUCUUCUACCUGUUCUUGCCCCUCCGGGACCUGCGUGUAUAUACAGUGUACAGAGCAAUCGAAUCUCUCUGUAAAUUGCCUGUUCCGGUAGUUUCGGUGUCCAAUUGGUAGCUCACGAGUGCAAUUAGUCCCAAUUAGAGGCUUUCGGAGCUGUAGCUUGUUGGGAUACAGGGCGGGGGGUUUAUUAGGAUCACGUGUUAAUUUGGCUUUUGUUGCUGUCGAAGCUUCUGGGUCUGUGGAGAUAUAUGCGAUUUAGUUUUGGCUUUUCGAUUGUUUAGAGUUUUGGGGGGGUAUGUUUGUGUUUGAAUUGGGCGUGGAGUGGAGGGUAAAGAUGGUUCUUUGACCGUAAAGUUGGGUUUUUUUUUUUUUCUGGUGUGAAGAUUGUGUUGUUCUUUGCCCCUUUUGGAUUUUUAUUCAGACUUAUAAUGGGGUAUUUGAUUGAUUUGUGUUGAAUAUGGGUGGCGUUGCUGGAUUUUGAGCGAGCAUCGGCUAGGGUUCUGUGGAUUUGGGGACAACUGUUGGUCAGGACUCAGGAGUUUUGACUUGGGGAAAGGUUGCUAGUUGCGAAGUUCGAUCCUGUUUUGGUGUCACUUGCUUGACUCGAACAGGACGCUGUAUUGUCCUGUGGCUAGAGAAAACUUUUAACUUAAAGAGACCAAGACUCAGUUGUGUUGAGCAACUUUCGUUGAGUUGGGAUGGUGGAAUCGGUUGCUACGACUUCUCUUCUCGGGCAUCGGGUGUUGUAUGGCGGAAUUCCUGUUAAGUAUGCCUCUUGCAGGCGGAGAUCCCCUGAUAUGUGUCGGUUUACUUCAACCAAAUUCCUAGGAAGAAGGUUGGUCACUUCUGUCUUGCCCAGGGUGAGAGUCACUGCAGCAUCAGUUUCUUCAAUUAUGGCGCUCGCCAUGGAGUUGACAAAAGAGACAUAUUCGUACAGGGAAGAAGAGAGAAUUCCGCGGAACUUGAAUUAUGAGAGUGGCUUGGAUGUUGACAGGAAGCCUGGCUUGUGGCCGCCUGAGAAUAGAGCUGACGAUCCUUCACUGCAUAACCCAUUGCUUCGACAAGAACGGAUGGGUUGUGGUUGGUUAGGAGCCAUUUUUGAAUGGGAGGGUGUUUUAGUCGAAGACAAUCCAGAUUUCGAGAAGCAAGCUUGGCUGGCUCUUUCCCAAGAAGAAGGGAAGUCCCAUCCUCCCGCUUUUAUCCUCCGGAGGAUAGAAGGCAUGAAGAAUGAGCAAGCUAUCUCCGAAGUUCUUUGCUGGUCGAGAGAUCCGGCUGAGUUGAGGAGAAUGGCCUCGAGAAAGGAGGAGAUUUACCAAGCUUUACAGGGAGGAGUUUACAGGUUACGAGAUGGGUCGAUAGAGUUUGUCAAUGUUCUGAUGCAUUACAAGAUACCGAUGGCACUGGUCUCCACCCGCCCCAAAAAGGUUGUCGAAAAUGCGAUCGGAGCCAUUGGUAUUAAAGGGUAUUUCAAUGCCAUUGUAGCUGCAGAGGAUGUUUACAGGGGGAAGCCCGAUCCCGAGAUGUUCGUGUAUGCGGCACAGCUUCUUCAGUUCAUACCCGACCGUUGCAUCCUGUUUGGCAACUCUAAUCAAUCGGUCGAGGCUGCCCAUGAUGCACGGAUGAAGUGCGUGGCUGUUGCUAGUAAGCAUCCUGUGUACGAGCUGGGGGCUGCAGAUCUGGUGGUCAGGCACUUAGACGAGCUCUCAGUGGUUGAUCUGAAGAACCUUGCUGAUACUGAAUUGGCCGAGUUCGGUUCGAGGGAGCUGGAGCUGGAGAUGGAGGAAGAGGUAGAAAGCGACCCCGAUAGGUCAUCCCUGGCAACCGUCGAUGAUAAUUUCUGGUAAACUUCAAUUGAAUGUACAGUAAUAUCUAUAUAUAAAUAUAUAUCACGUUUCUAAUUCUUGAUGAUGGCCAUCCCAUGAUAGCCCAUGGAUAAGAUAGGGAGGGGGGGAAGAAACAGAAAAUAGAAAAGAAAAGUUGGUCUGCAUUGGACUGACUUUUCAUGUUAUCAUGUACUAUACUGUGAUUAUAUGUACAAUGCUCUGUAGCUAUUUAAAACUACUCGUUACCCACUUGUUCUGAUUCAA